AUGAAAAAAUUAGUCCUUGCCAUUCUUUUAGUGCUAUUUUUUUCGUCUAUAACCGAAGCGGGGCCGUUAGCCUAUGCUAUAUGCCAGACUGCAUGUAAUGCAGGAUGGGUGGCAUGUUAUGCUGCCGGAGGAUUGGUAGCUGGAACCGUAACCGGAGGAGUUGGAGCUCCAGUGGCAGCAAUUUUGUGCAAUGUUGCUCAAGGUGCAUGUAUGGCAGCUUGCGCUGCUGUGAUUUUAGCGCCAACCCCAUAA